GCGACAGAUUAAUGUAUACCUACAUAUCAUCGCUCUCUUUCAAUAAAUGGUUGUUACCAAGUGGACGUGUCUUGUGCUUUCUCUCUCUUCUAGAAGUUCCUGGAUAGCUAGUGCACCCUAAGAUACUUCAGUGGCGACGAAAUCGAACUGUGAACGCGUGUGAAACGUUUUUUUUUAGUGGACGAGAGUGAAUAUCGCAGUGACAAUGUCGGUCGGUAAGAUUGGUGCUUUCGAUGUCCAUAAGGAUAAUUGGGACUUGUAUGUGGAGCGCUUGGGACAAUUUUUUUUGGCUAACGACGUUAAGCCGGCAGUGCAAGUACCAACUUUAAUCACCGUCAUGGGUAGUGAAGCGUACGAACUCAUGGCAAAUUUAUGUUCACCGGACAAACCGUCAACAAAAAAAUAUGAUGACCUCGUGGCACUUAUGAAAAAGCACCUACAGCCGACACGGAGUACCAUGGCCGAACGAUUUAAAUUUCGUCAGAGGGCACAAAGAUGUGACGAAACCAUUGCAGAAUAUACUGCGGAGUUAAAAAAGUUAACAAAAGAUUGUGAUUUUCAAGAAGCCAAUUUAAAAGAUAAUUUACGAGACCAAUUUGUGUGUGGUAUCCGUAAUGAUAGCAUUCGGCAAAAGUUAUUUACGGAAGAUAACCUAACAUUUGAAAGAGCAUUUAAAAUGGCGGUGGCGAUGGAAGCUGCGGAAAUUCAUGCGGCGCUGGUACAGGACCGGUCUAUAACAGAGGAGGGAGUAUCAUCGUCCAUGAUGGCAACGGCAGUGCAUCAGCUGGCCGCGGUGAAGCGGGACAAGCGGCAGUCGGCGGAGGCGGCCAGUACAGAGCGUUAUGGACCGCGCGGUCCAAAGGUCACGCAGUGCGACGGUACAAAGGGCGCGGGCGCGGGCAAGCGACGAGCCGUUAGGAACAGUGCGCACUGGAAGGGUGCACAAACGCAACAAUGUUCGGCGUGCGGAGGGCAACAUGGGCAGAGCUCGUGUAAAUUUAAGGCCUACGUGUGCAGAGUAUGUAACAAAGAAGGGCAUCUUAAGAAAAUGUGUCCAAAUUUGAGGAAAAACGUCGCAUUUCAUGCGAUGUUAGAAGAGCGGGCAGUCUACGAGUGUUCAGACAGGGACAGUAACGCCAGUGACGAGGUAAAUAACUUUUCUAUAGAGGCUAAAAAGUUUAAGAAAUAUUGUGAAGUGUUUGAAGACGGCUUGGGAAGGUUUACCGGCGGAACGGUGGGGUUCCGGCUGCGCGAGGGCGCGGCGCCCGUGUUCCUGCGCGCGCGGCCGCUGGCGUACGCGCUGCGCGAGCCGGUUGAGCGCGCGCUCGAUCAGCUGGUGGCGGACGGUGUGAUCACUCCGGUAAACUCGUCCGACUGGGCUACGCCUAUUGUUCCGGUGAUGAAAAAAGAUGGAACCAUUCGGUGGAACCAGGAGUGUAGUGAGGCGUUUAGGAGAAUAAAAGAAAUAUUAAUGUCUAGUGAAGUCCUGGCUCAUUAUUCUCUCCAUCUGCCGGUGGUUCUCACAUGUGACGCUAGUAGUUUGGGGGUAGGUGCUGUGGUGUCUCACAUUACGCCGGACGGCGAACGGCCGGUAGCGUACGCGUCACGAACACUCAAUGCAGCAGAGAAGGCUAUUCCCAAAUUGAACGUGAAGCACUAA